UUUCCACACAGUACAAAAACUAUACUCUAAAAUUCAAGUCAGGAACUCAGUUUAUGCCUUUUUCUUCUCAUAAAUUCAGAUCAUCUUUGCCAAUUAACACAGCAAAUCCACGCAGCUCUAACUCUUUCUUCUCAUCAGUACCUUCGCUGAGUCUUUCAUCAUUGCCAGAGAAAUGUCUUGAGCAAUACAGGAGGAUGCCUGUCCUUGCUGGGUCAUGGAGAGGCCAAGAUGGGUCUCUUGUUCAUAGCAACAAUUACAUUGCCACCAAGACUGAGAAUGUUGGGUACUCGGUGAUUCACGGAAAUGUGGGCAACGACUAUGAAAUAUUUCUUGCUGUAAAACAGAAAGAUGCAUGUGGCAAUCCCAAGCCAAGCAUUGUUUCUAAGCAGAGUUCUUCUUCUUCAAGUUCUGAUGACUCCAGUGAUGAAGAAACCAAGGAGAAGAACGCUGCCAUUGAAAAGCUGCCCUUCAAGCUGGAAGAAGGUACCUUAAGAUUUGGACAAUGGGGUGGCACGGGUGGAACUGCCUUUGAGGAUGGAACCUACACUGGCAUAAGACAGAUCAAUCUGUCACGCAAUGUUGGAAUUGUAUCGAUGAGGGUUUGCUAUGAUCGCGAUGGACAAGCCGUGUGGAGCAGCAAACAUGGAGGGACCGGAGGAUUCAAACAUGAUAAGAUAGUUUUUGACUAUCCAUCAGAAAUCUUGACACACAUGGCGGGAACCUAUGGCCCUUUGAUGUACAUGGGGCCUAAUGUUAUCAAGUCCCUUACUUUUUACACUAACAAAGGGAAGCAUGGGCCAUUUGGAGAAGAACAAGGACCCUGCUUUACCAGCAAAAUGAAUGAAGGGAAGAUUGUUGGCUUCCAUGGUAGAGAGGGUUUAUUCCUGGAUGCCAUUGGUGUUUAUGCCAUCGAAGGGAAAGUGCCACCUCCGAAGCCACCACUUUCCAGUGCCAUUAUUCAAAGUGGGAAACCCUUGGCUGAAAUAGAUAACUCUCCCUGGUCUAAUAGACUGGUGCUAGCAAAGAAAGGAAUGGAUGAAGAGAUUGCUUGUGGGGUGGUGAAAGAACCUGCGCCAUGUGGACCUGGUCCUUGGGGUGGGGAUGGAGGGAAAUCAUGGGAUGAUGGAGUUUUCUCUGGAAUCAAGCAGAUAUUUGUUACCAAAGCAGAAGCUAUCUGCUCCAUACAGAUUGAGUAUGAUCGAAAUGGGCAAUCUGUCUGGUCUGUAAAACAUGGAGGUCACGGAGGAACCACCAUACAUAGGCUGAAACUGGACUAUCCUCAUGAAGUGCUCAUUCGAAUAUCUGGUUAUUAUGGUUGCAUUAAGGAUGAGAACACUAAAGUUGUAAGGUCAUUGACAUUUUAUACAAGCAGAGGCACAUAUGGUCCAUUUGGUGAGGAAAUUGGAACGUACUUCACGUCAGCCAUGACAGACGGGAAGGUGGUGGGUUUCCAUGGUAGGAGCAGCAUGUAUCUGGAUGCCAUUGGAGUCCAUGUUCAGCACUGGCUUGGAAAUCAGAGAGCAGCAAAGUCAUCUCUCUUCAAAAUUUUCUAACGGAUGACUAAGUGUGUUUAAGGAAUAAUGAUUUAAUAAGCAGAUCACUACCAUAAAAAAGUGAUAAUAAUUGUAAUAAUAAGCAGACCACCCUUGGCCCCCUAAUAAUACUUUGCCUGUUUACAGGUCUAUUCCCCUAAUAAUACUUUGCCUGUUUACAGGUCUAUUCUAGUCUGCAUUUGAUGUGUUUGUUGUUGUAAAACUUCAUUCUCUUCCUGAAGUAAAAUUUUAAGACUCAA